AAGAAAUAACGAAUUUUCAGCUGUUGUAUACAAGCGGGAACGCACGUGCCGUAUGGUUGUUAGAAAUUUGAUUUGCUGGCAAUGAAAUUGUUUUAAAAAUAAUUAGAAAUGGCAUUGUUUGUUAUUGACACAAUUGGUGAUAAUAAUUUAGUGAAUUAUGACACAAAAAGAUAUGAUAACCUACUUCCAAGUGCGCCAGUUGCUAAAAGAAAUAAAAGUAAACAAAAAAGUUUACCAGCAACAACAACGCUUGCGUCUGCUAAAGAUGUGUCUUCAAGUGAUAGUUCGACCGAUGAUGAGGAUUAUUUUGGCCUACCACCACCCAAUGUUGAUGUAUCUGAUAUUAUAAGUGAUACACUCGCAAAAACUGAAUAUCGUGACACCACAUCUAAGCGUGAUUUAAAGGAUGUUGGCGCGUUAGUUGAAGCGGCAAUUGAAAACGCAAAAAGUAAAAAGGAAACGAAACGUCGUCGCAUUGUAGAUUUGGACCAUUCAAGUUUUAAUCCAUACACUGGCAAAUUCGAUGAUUUGCCGUACAUGGAUACAAACGUUAAGAAAGAGCUUGCCAAAUCAGAGGUAGUGAAUGGUUUGGAGACAUUAAAAGAACUUCCAAGAUUGAAUAAAAAGAAACAACGUGAUCUUAAUAGAAUUGAACGUUCGAAGACUAAGGGAAAUGGCUGGUAUAACUUACCGGCUACUGAAAUGACUGAAGAAGUUGAAAAUGAUCUGAAAGUAUUACAAAUGCGUUCAGUGUUGGAUCCUAAACGAUUUUACAAGAAGAACGACUUAAAAGUUUUACCUAAAUACUUUCAGAUCGGUACUGUGCAACAUUCGCCUUUAGAUUAUUACAGUGAGCGGAAUACACGUAAAAAUAAAAAGAAGUCUUUAGUGGAUGAAUUACUGGCUGAUGAACAAUUUCAAACCUUUACGAAACGAAAGUACAACGAAAAUAUUGAACGUAAAAAUAAAUAUAAAAACCGUAAGGCUUUAAAAAAAAUGAAGAAACUUAAAAAACGCAAAUAA